AUGGCUCCCGCAUACUCACUUCCACUGCCGCCCGUCUUCCCCUCACUACAUCAUGGACUGAAUAUUCCUCCUCCCGGCUUUCUUUCGAGUGGUCCAUCAACUGCUGGUCUCAUGCCUUCCCAGGUACAUUGGGCACAGCCAUUGCACUCCACGCCUGCAGCCACUAUUACAACCAGCCCGACUUCGGCCGCCACUUUAACUACUCCCAACUCUUCGGUUCCAUCCACCAUGCCUGGUCAUCACACUCGACCACUUCUUUCAACAUAUCCUCUACCCAUCCCUGCCACUGUUGCCGCUACCACUACAGUCACUACGACUAUAGCUGUCACUUCCUCUUCCCCUUCGUAUUCAUCUACUUCGGUCAUAGCUGAGGAUUCACAGAAUCAGAUAAAUGGGCGCGGUAUAUCUAACUGUGGGGAAAUGAUGAAUCUGCAUUCUGAAGAUCAAGAGAUGGGUAAGAAAUAUCGGCCCCUCUAUAAAAAAUGA